AUGGCUGCAAGCGGCGACAUGAUGCCUAAGCCUCUUCUCAAGGCUCGUCAUGGUUGGAACUACUACCCUCUCGGCCAGUACCUGCGUCCACCUCACGAUGCCUUCACGAGUCGGCUGCUAAGCAAUUGGGAGCCCAAGCAGUACUCCUCGCUUCAGGUUCAGAUCGCCCCGCCCGCGCCAGGCCUGCCCGCCGACCUGCAUCCAUGCCUUAUCGGCCCGACCAAGGUACUUGUUGAGGGGAUCGAGUGUUACUUCAAGGAGUGGAGUUCUCAAGCGCGCCCUAAAUGCGCGACGGCCCAUGAGCUGCUGAUGUACAAGAAAAUAGACGUUCUGGCAGCGGACGAGCAGCUCCCGGCCGGCCUGCGCGUCUCCAAGCUGCAUGGCGUGGUCAUUGACGAUGACGAUGAGAUAGCACAGUGUUACGACCCGAACAGAGGCGACACCUCGAAAGAAUACCCGGACCCGGAACCGUACUCUGGUUCGGAUGCUGAUUCGGACUCGGACUAUUGUGAGCUCGGAGGGAAACGUCUUGUCGGCAUCCUAAUCAUGUACAUCGACAAUAUUGGCACGCUGGCGGAUACAGCGCCUUGGGCCGACUGCGACGACGCUGAUCGGAACCGCUGGGCCCGCGAUAUCGAAGCCCUUGUCACAGAUCUUCACGACGCGGACUUGGUCUGGGGUGACGCCAAGCCGCACAACGUCCUCGUCGACCGCAAGAAAAGAGACCUAUGGCUCAUAGAUUUCGGCGGUAGCUUUACCCGCACUUGGGUCGACGAGAACAAGGCAGACACCAAGCAGGGAGAUAUGCAGGGUGUGGCGAGGAUCCAGGAGUGGCUGGCCAAGUGCUCCAAACAGCCGAUCAGUCGUAUCUCUAGAAGUUAG